GCGAGGGGGCGGGGCCAGCCCCUCCUCCCGCAGAGACUGACAGCGCCGCCACGGACCGGACCGAGCCACAGACCCGCCGACCCCCGCCGACCGGAGACAGACAGCCCGACCGCCCUCGCCCACAGCCCGGCUGCAGCCCAACGCCGCAUCGUCGGUGACCUGGUGAAGUUAGACCCCGAGAGCGCGCUCUUCCUCCAUCUUGUGCUUUAUCCUGUCCGUUGACAGUUUUGUCAUGGCGUCCGCCUUGAUCAGCCGUCAGCUUGCUCUCUCCCUGCAGAAAAAUCUGUGGCUCAGUCCUGCAGGGUGCAGAUAUGUCAGCAAAGCAGCACCAAAGACGCAGAUGGAGUUUGAGUAUGAUGGACCCUCCAUGAAAACCUCAGUUCCUGGGCCACGAUCACAAGAGCUGACAAAACAACUUGGGGAAAUCCAGAAUGUUGGUGCGGUCAACUUCUUCUGUAACUAUGAGGAAAGCAGGGGAAACUACCUGGUGGACGUGGAUGGCAACCGCAUGCUGGAUAUCUACACUCAGAUCUCCUCCAUUCCGAUUGGCUACAACCACCCUGCUCUCCUCAAGCUGAUGACCGAUCCCAACAAUCUGAGUGCAUUUGUGAACAGACCUGCUCUGGGAAUCCUGCCACCUGAGAACUUUCCAGACAAACUCAACGAAAGUCUUCUCUCCGUGGCUCCCAGUGGAAUGAGCCGUGUUCAGACCAUGGCCUGUGGCUCUUGCUCCAAUGAGAAUGCCUACAAAGCGAUGUUCAUCUGGUACAGGAACAAGGAACGAGGCCACAACACGGCGUCUGAAGAAGACCUCAGCUCUUGUAUGAUAAACAAGUCCCCAGGCUGCCCAGACCUCAGUAUUUUAUCUUUCAUGGGAGGUUUCCAUGGAAGAACCAUUGGUGCUUUGGCAACGACACACUCAAAAGCCAUUCACAAGCUGGACGUGCCGUCGUUUGAUUGGCCGAUUGCCCCGUUCCCGAGACUGCAGUACCCGUUGGAGGAGUUCACCAAGGAGAAUGCCCAGGAAGAGGCUCGUUGUCUGGAGGAGGUGGAGGAUCUGAUCGUGAAGUGGAGGCAGAAGGGGAUGCCCGUGGCAGGGAUUGUCGUUGAACCAAUCCAAGCUGAGGGUGGAGAUAACCACGCCUCUUCAAACUUCUUCAAGAGCCUCCGCAACAUUGCCAGCAAGCAAGGCUGUGCUUUCCACGUGGAUGAAGUCCAGACUGGGGGGGGCGCCACUGGGAAGUUCUGGGCCCAUGAGCACUGGGGUAUGGACGAUCCUGCUGACAUCGUCUCCUUCAGCAAGAAGCUCCAGACUGGCGGCUACUACCACAAGACAGAAUUACAGGCCGAUAAGGCAUACCGCAUCUUUAACACAUGGAUGGGGGACCCCUCAAAGAACUUGUUCCUGAGUGAGGUUCUCAAUGUGAUUCGCAGAGAGAGCCUUCUGGAGGAGGUGACCCGUUCUGGGAAAGCCCUGCUCAACGGUCUUUAUGAUCUUCAGACUCGAUACCCGAGCAUACUGAGCCGCGCUCGGGGGCAGGGGACCUUCUGCGCCAUCGAUAUCUGUGACGACGCCACUCGCAACAGCCUCUUGCUCAAAGCCAGAGACAAAGGUGUCCUCCUGGGAGGGUGUGGGGACCGAUCCAUCCGUUUCCGUCCAGCGCUGGUUUUCAAGGAGUACCAUGUGCAUAUCUUCCUCAACGUCUUCAACGACGUGCUGGCCCAGCACAAGUAAACCCUGAGCCCGGGGGGAACGUGACUGACCUGCUAAGCCUGAGUUAAAUCCAGAAGAAAGCCCAUGUAAUGAUAAGCACAAUCCACCCAAUGCCUCUGGCAGAUAACCCAUAUAACCAUUGAUUCAAGACCCAGUGCCAGUUCAGACUGGCCAGUCUCCAUCUUCUUACCCCAAAAACAUAAUGGAGUUGUCUUCUCACAUGUGCGGCCAUAAAAAGUCCAGAAUCUCUCUCAUCUGGAUUCAUGUUCUUUUAUGUACCCGUCUGGAUGAAGUCAUAGCUGAUUGUCCGUAACGCCAGCAAAUCACAUUUCUUACUUUAUUAUUCUGCUUAACUUAGGGGAGGGAAAUGUCCAACAUUUUCGGCUAGUUCCAAAGUCUGUGCUGAAUGCAGGAGUCAAAAAAUUAUUUCUCCCCUGCUUCUUGCUGGGAGAUCACAAAACGACACUUCCCCCAAAAUGUUGCUGGGAGCAGUCGAUGUUCUUCACGGAAUAUGUUGAUUUAAGAUGCAUUCCCAUGAGUCAUCUUAAAACUCUCCGUAAAGCUCCAUUCAUCUCGUCCAUUCUUGUCUCUUGGUGACAUUUGUCCAGUUCUGACACAGAGAGACGACGCCCCCCUCUCCUCAUCUGGCCAGCAAGCUCUGACUUGCUCCGAUUUUUCCCCCCAACCCGAAAAUUAAAUCGUCCUUGUCGAACCGCUGAAUAAAUCGGAGAUGGCUGAGGUUCAGAGGUCACCAGCCAGGCUUUGUCGUGGGUCUGUUCCUUUUGCAGGUAGCACACAUCAUUAGACACGUGUAAAUAAGAUGGCGACUUCAAAUGGACCUAAUUAUAGGCCCAGAACGAAUUCUUGCGUACAGCUUCUUUUAGUGCUCACGUGCUUCCUCCCGCCGCCAGACCACAGGUCGACUGUGACGGAGGCAGGCAGCGGUGACCUGGCUGAGAUGCCGUCCUGCAUGUCAUGUAAUGUUGCCCAGUAGAAAUGCCCCUCGUUUGAUUCUAUGACUGUUCAUGACCUUUCAGCCUGAAAUGUUGUAGCCCAGAAAAUGUGAAUCUUAAAUUGACCAUGAAAAUGUCAUAGAUGAUUUAGUGCCUGCAUGUAACUUAAUGUGCCCCCCCCCCCCCCAGACGACAGGAGCCACCGGUCACCUUAAAUCAACUAAACUAAUGUAUUUUACUCUUGAACGAGAGCUUCAUAUCAGUUGCCGCAUUUAUUUCUGGAAAAUAAUGACUACUUUAGGGGUUUGCCUAUAGCACUAACCCCCAAACCCUACUUUUGAUGUUUAAGUUUACCCCCAAAAGCCACGACAGAGCAACAGUGAGCUCAUUCCACGAUUCAAAAACUAAUUCUGAGAAGUGACAUUAAGUUUAUUUUUCUAUUCCACACGAGAGAAGCCUGCAAGGACGAUUUCUAAAUGGUUGGUUAAUUUGUCUAAUGAGAACAACACUCACCUUGUAGGAAUGUUUCCAUGCAGUGGCUGAGACAGACCCAGACUUGCCUCAGUGUGACCAGGAAGCAUAGGCAUCAAAUAGGCCAGUAGAUCCCGGCUGAUACAAAGCUGUACUACAUACAUUUUUUAAAUAAAUUUACAGCACAAAAUAUCAUUAUUUACCAUCUGCUCAAGCGGAAGUUCUGCUGAUUCUGUUGAACACUCGAGACCCUCGCAUGUCACAAUCUAGGGAAUGUGUAGCGGUUUAUUAAGUGUAACCACAUCAUUUCUUUACGAUCAAAUACACAUAUAUAUAUAUGAAUAUAUUUAAAUCUUUACAUAUAAAUUUGCUCUAUAAAUAAAUUAGGUUUGUUAACUUGACAUCUUUAACAUCCAUGUCAUCCAGUAAGCCCAAUGUAAAUAUGUGUUAAACAUAGUUCACAUGGUCAGUUAGUCUCGUGUUGAUCCAGAUGUAAUGAAGUGAGUAGGGUGUACGGUGGUGACCAUGACGACAUGGCUCGUCUGUGAUGACUUUCUGUAAUAUUUUUUGACAUGACUUUUUUGCACUUGUGAUCUGAGAUAGAUGAUUAUUGAUGUAAUCAUUUUAGAUGGCUUUAACUGUUGUCUAUCAAACAUUCUGUCUGUGAUGAAUAAAUGACGUUUUAACUAACUUA